AUGUUACAACCAUCAUUCACCUUGGCAAACCACUUCGUCUUGUUAAAACACUUCAAACCAACGAUGCAUGUGAGUGAUCGAACAACUGUAAAACAUUCCGAUCAAUUUCAAUUUUCUUAUGCUGAAAGAGAAGAAGAAGAUUAUCUUUCAAUCGAUUAUCAAGAAGAAAUUCGAUCGAUUCUGGUCUACAUUGGUUUUGUUGCUGUCAGUCUAUUUUUACUUUUUAUAAUGAUUUCAUUGAUAAGUAAAUGUCUGAAAGUAUGCCGAUCCGGAUCGGAACUGACAAUGGCAUCAAAAAAACAACAACAAAGAAAAUCUAAACAGGCAUUGAAUUCUUUUCUACUCUAUAGACAAAUAAGCACAUCUUCGGUCUCAUCGACAAGACUUCUAAUUAAUUCUCCGGCAUCUCAUAUGUCGACACAACCUUGCGUCGUGUCGGGAACAACAACUACCAUCAAUACAAUUUGA